UCCAGUGAAGCUGAGUUUCAAAGUUCACACUCUCUCAUUUCAAUUUUUCAAAUCUGCAAGUCUUUUGAAAAGUGUCAUCCAACAUGAAUCAGCUUCUUCUGAGUCUCCUAUUUUUGUUCUAUUUAUCUCCAAAUCUCCAUGCCCAACAAAGUUAUUCAGGAAACGCGGUCAUGGAUUGUGAUAACAGCGAUGCGGGUCCAUCUCCAGCUUUUCUCUACACCUGCAACGGCAAGAAUCGAUCCUGCCAAGCCUUUCUCAUCUACAAAUCUCAGCCUCCUUAUAACACAAUCUCUAGUAUUUCAAACCUCCUGUCUGCAGACCCACUUGAGCUUGCUCGCAUCAACAAUUUCUCAAGCUCAGCUGUCUUCCCAACAGAUAAAGAGGUAAUAGUUCCUGUACUUUGCUCCUGCUCAGGGAAAUACUAUCAGGCCAACACCUCUUACACAAUUCCAAGUAAUUAUGAUACAUAUUUUACAAUUGCCAACUACACUUUUGAGGGUUUAGCAACUUGUAGCUCUCUUAUUCACGAAAACAAUUACAGCGAAUUUGGCUUGGAUAUUGGUAUGGAACUGCAGGUGCCACUUAGAUGUGCUUGUCCUACAAGCAAUCAAACCAAAAAUGGCACAAAGUAUCUAUUAAGUUACUUGAUCAGUUGGGGUGAUGAAGUUCGUAAUGUCAGUAGGAGAUUCAAUGCGAGCACAAACAGUGUAACCUAUGCAAAUGGGUUCACUGAAGAUAAUCCAACUGUUUUUCCUUUUACCACUAUUCUUAUUCCACUGUCAAAUCAACCUUCAAGCUCUCAAACCAUAAUUCACUAUCCACUACCGCCUAAUUCUUCUCCUUCCAAUCCAUUUCAUCGGAUCGAGAGACCAGGUAAGGGAUCUCAAAGAACAAUCACAAUUGGAAUUUCCUUGCUAGUCAUGUCCUUCAUUUUAUCUAUGGUCUUGUUGCUUUACAAAAAGAAAUUAUGUGGAGCGCGGAAGGAUGGAAAGGAGAAAAAUAUAUUAUCUAUGUCCGAAGAAUUCCGACAUCGCGUUGCUGAGGUAGAUCAGGGGUUGAAAAUCUACAAAUUUGAGGAGCUAAGGGUGGCAACCAAAGAUUUCAGCACCGAAAAUAGGUUGAGUUGUUCCGUCUAUCAAGGGGUACUCGGUGGACAAGUAGUAGCGAUAAAAAAGACGAGCAAAGAUGUAUCUAAUGAGGUGAUUUUUCUGAGAAAGACUAACCACUUCAAUUUAAUAAGGCUUUAUGCUGCGUGUAAGCAUCAGGAGGGUUUCUACCUUAUCUAUGAGUUUAUGGAGAAUGGUUCUUUGAGAGAUUGGCUCUGCAGAAAGGAUUGUCUUGAAGUUCAAAGUUGGAAUUUUAGGAUUCAGAUUGCCUUGGAUGUUGCUAAUGGGCUUCACUAUCUUCACAACUUCACUGAUCCUAUAUGUGUGCACAAGCGCAUCUGUAGCAGCAAUGUUCUACUCAACAGACAUUUAAGGGCUAAAAUUGCUAACUUCAGCUGUGCAAAUUCAGCAAAGCAAGAAGAAUACAUGAAUUCUUCAAUGAGGUUGGCGUUGGGGGAAAAAGGUUACAUGGCUCCUGAGUAUAUAGAAUAUGGCUUGGUGGCUCCUGAGAUUGAUGUAUAUGCUUUCGGGGUUGUUCUGCUGGAAUUAGUAACUGGAAAGGAAGCAGUUUUUAUACAGGAUGAAGAAGAAAUGCAAUUAUCGGAAGCAAUAAUUUCAAUUAUGGAGGAAGAUGAUGGAGAAGCUGAACUUGGUGGCCUUGUAGAUCCUUGUCUGAUGGAGAAGUGUAGUAUGAAACUUGUCCUGCGACUGGUGAAGUUGAGUCUAGCCUGCUUGGAACAAGAACCAGAAAGUAGACCAAGUAUGGGUGAACUAGUCUCCUCACUUUUGAAGAUUCAAGUUGAUGUACAGAAAUCAGAACCAUAUUUGUGGAGGGGGGGUCAAUUUCUGAUGUAAAUGUUGACCUAUAUAGUGUUCAAUUGACAGAUGCAGUAGCAUAUAUACUUUUACUUUACAGUUCUAUUAUGUUAUAGAUUGAAAAUAAGCCAGAAUAUAAACUCAUUAUGAGGUUAAA